CAGCUCCCAGACCGGCACCGACCAGAACCAUCAGCUGCCAUAGGCCCGUCCAGCUGAGGACCUGAGAGAGGACACCCCGGAGGAGAGACAUCCUGAAAGAGAGUGAAGAGUUUCCAGAGGUGUUCAGCUUGAGGUGAAUGAAUUUGCAGAGGACAGAUCUCUCCAUACUUCCUGCUCCUCUCUGACAUCUCUCAGCUCCAAACAAACAUGGCUGCCAUCUGAAUCCCUUCUGCGGCUUUCCUGGAUGAACGACCGCCAAAUGGAGCAGGAUUCCCGGCACCAGUACGUGGAGACGCAGUCGAGUCCUGCGCCUCCUUUCUUCGAGGAACUCUUCUGCACCUCCAGCUCUCUGGCCCCUCUGGCCGGCGCCCUCCUGGCCUCCGCAGGGCCGCAGAGCGAUGUGGUGAAGAGAGGAUACCUGGGGAAGCUGGAGCGCAAACACAGGAGGUAUUUUAUCCUGAGAGCAGGAAGCCACAUUGGGCCGAGCCGCCUCGAGUGGUACCAGAGCCAGGAGAAGUUCACAGCAGUGGAGAAGACUGCUGGAAGUCUGUUCGGCUCUAGCAAACAAGGGGUGAUCUACCUGAGGUGCUGUGUCGGUGUGAGCCGCAGUGGCAGUUCCGGGAAAGGCCUCGCGGUGGCGCUGUACGCCAAAAACCAAACCAUGGUGCUUGUGGUGGAGGAGCAGGGGGAGCAGGAGGAGUGGUACCUGGCCAUCAAGAAACUGAUGGAGGAGGAGCGUAAGGAUGAAGAACACAGGGAAGACUUUGAUGAAGAUGAUGAUGGGUACUGCACUCUGCCCCCUGCUGCUUUCUUCAAAGAGGUUUGGCCCGUCGCGGUGAAGCCCCGGGGUUUGGGUUGUACCAAGUCCCUGGCAGGGGAGAGUUGUCUCUGCCUCACAGCUUCGUCGCUCAUCCUGGCCAGAGCGGCUGCAGGCAGCGACUUGCCGUCUGUCACUAUUCCUCUGCUGAGUGUUCGCCGCUUUGGCCACUUGGACGGUUCCUUCUUCCUGGAGCUGGGCAGGUCGGCGCCCAACGGUCCUGGAGAGAUCUGGAUGGAAGCAAGAGAGCAAGGGAGCUCAGCAGUAGCCCAGCACAUCCACGAGGUGGUCCGAGAGACAGUCAGAGCGCUGCGAGCUCUGCCUGACUUCAGCCGCUCUCCCACCUCCAACCACCAGCUUCAAACCCUUCUGGCCGCCAAAGGCUGCCGACCCAAGCACCGAGACAAGCCAGCGGGUGUGAGACCACUCGCUUCUCGUGCCAGAAACCCUGAAAGCCCGUGUAAAUGUCCCCCGGAGCCCCUCAAACCCCACGAAACAGACCCUCACCAGGGCUCCGAGUCGAGGACUGGCGGCUACAUGGAGAUGAAGAUGGACCAACAUCUCCCGCUGAGCAAAGAGAGGGAGAGAGUCAGCCAAACGCCUCCUAGGUUGACAGAGGAGGAGGACUGGGAGUCGGGUCAGCAGGGGUUGGGCUACAUGGUGAUGUCUCCUCAGUUGAGCCACAGUUUGUCUGCGCUGCCUCAGGACGACUACGUGACGAUGGUGAGCCCACAGAAACACACAAGGCCAUCUUCCUCUUCAUCCUCCUCUCCUCUCCAGACAUCCUUCAACAGCUCUACCUCUGAGAGCUCCUCUCCGCUGCAUCAUCAGACCCACUGGCUGCUGGCGACCUCCGUCCAACAGUCGGAAGCAGAAACCGGCCAAUCACAGAGGAGCAUCAGCCAUGCACAGGAUGAGGAAAUGCGGGAACAGUGGCAGCAGAUCCGCCUCCCAGCACACACCAGCACCAGGAGGGAUGAUGGCUCUGAUGUGACGACUCCACUUGACUCAGGCGUAGCGAGUCCCAACUGUGGCGGACUCAAAGCUGCCACAGAACGAUCCGUCCGAAGAUACCGCCUGUCUUUGUGUCUGCCGUCCUGCCUGCAAGCUGAGGACAGAAACUGAGAACUACACAGAAAGAUAAAUAGCCUUUAUUCAGCAGGGAAACUCAGGAGUCUUGGCAGCAAAAAAAAGUAUGAAUUAAAAUGUAAAGGGGUUUAAAUGUAUGAAUAUGUUAAAUAUAUAUAUGUACAUUUGGAAGUUCAAGGCAUGAAUGCAUACAGAAAGGUCAACGUGCACACUUGAAUCAAGGCUUUAAACUCUGAAUAUGUGUUUGAGAAAAAUAAAGUUGUCUUAGUGAUAGUUGUCUGUUAUUUGCACUUAGUUUUGUCUUCACUUCCUAGUUUUUUUGUCAAUUAUUUGUCUCUUUUGGUGUGGAUUAAGUCAUGCCUUUUGGUUUCUACACCGGUUUAUUUAAAGUGUUUAAAAAAAUAGUCACAAGAAUGAUUUUGUUAUUUUUUAAUUGUCUUUUUUGACAGCUUUCAUACACA